GAAAGUUGUUCUCCGAGGUGGAGGAGAGAGAGAGAGAGAGAGAGCAGCAACAGUAAACGGAGCUUAUUUCUUACUUUCGUUUUCUCCGGGAGCGAUGAGGCGGAAGGAGAAAAGGCUUUUGCAGUUCGCCGGGGUUCUCAUCGCGGCUCUGCUUUUCCUGCCUAACGUGGGGUUGUGGUCUUUGUACCGGUACCGAGUCUUCGACAGCACGCCUGCCACGGUGGACGGACCGUGGGGCAUGCAGCAGAUCCAGGGGCUGAACCAGAUGAGGAAGGUCACUCAGGUGGGGCAAGAUGGCGUUCGAAGGACGGACUGGCAUGACUACGACGCGAUAAGGAAGGACGCAGCCCGUGUCGGUAACGGCGAACAGGGUAAACCGUUUCUGAUGUCCGAUGCCCAUCGGGUGGACCUGGCUUACAGGGAGAACGGCUUCAACAUCUACGUUAGUGACCGCAUCUCGCUCAACCGCUCGCUGCCGGACAUACGCCACGCAAACUGUAAACAGAAGCUGUACGCCGAGAAACUACCCAACACCAGCAUCAUCAUCCCGUUCCAUAACGAAGGCUGGUCAUCUCUACUGAGGACGGUCCACAGCGUCCUCAACCGUUCUCCUCCGCAGCUCAUUGCCGAAGUCAUCCUGGUAGACGACUUCAGCGAUAAAGAGCACCUGAAAGCGGCCCUGGAGGAGUACAUGGGCCAUAUGCCCAAAGUUCGCAUCCUGAGGACCAAGAAGAGGGAGGGUCUCAUCAGGACUCGGCUGCUGGGGGCCGCCGCCGCCAAAGGGGAGGUCAUUACCUUUCUGGACUCGCACUGUGAGGCCAACGUCAACUGGCUGCCUCCGCUACUCGACCGAAUUUCCCAGAACAGGAAGACGGUGGUGUGCCCGAUGAUCGACGUGAUCGACCACGACAACUUUGGCUACGACACACAAGCGGGUGACGCCAUGCGCGGGGCCUUCGACUGGGAAAUGUACUACAAGCGCAUCCCCAUCCCCAGCCAGCUGCAGCGGGACGACCCCAGCGAGCCCUUCGAGUCUCCAGUGAUGGCGGGAGGGCUGUUUGCAGUAGAUAGGAAGUGGUUCUGGGAGCUGGGAGGAUAUGACACGGGUCUCGAAAUCUGGGGAGGAGAGCAGUACGAGAUCUCCUUUAAGAUUUUCUACACCAAAAUCAACAUCAGUAAACUCAACUGUCGUCUCUGCACAGGACCAUCCUCACACCCACAAAGACUGUCAGGACACUUGUGGAUGUGUGGGGGUCGAAUGGAGGACAUCCCCUGCUCCAGGGUGGGACACAUCUACAGGAAGUACGUCCCCUACAAGGUCCCCGGGGGGAUCAGUUUGGCAAAGAAUCUGAAGCGUGUGGCCGAGGUAUGGAUGGACGAGUACGCCGAAUAUGUGUACCAACGCCGGCCCGAGUACCGCCACCUAUCAGCGGGCGACAUGAUGGCACAGAAGGAGCUGAGGAGCCGCCUCAACUGCAAGAGCUUCAAGUGGUUUAUGUCCGAGGUGGCCUGGGAUCUGCCCAAGCACUACCCGCCUGUGGAACCGCCAGCCGCCGCCUGGGGAGAAAUCCGGAACGUUGGCAGCGGUAUGUGCAUGGAGGUGAAGCACUUUGUAUCAGGCAGCCCCGUUCGCUUGGAGAGCUGUGCGAAAAGCCGCGGGGAGGUGGCCUGGAGUCACGGGCAGGUGUUAACACUCGGCUGGAGGGAGGACAUCCGCGUGGGCGACCCCAUGCACACCAGGAAGGUUUGCUUUGACGCCAUCUCCCACAACAGCCUUGUCACCUUGUACGACUGUCACGGCAUGAAAGGCAACCAGCUGUGGCGCUACCGGAAGGAUAAGAGUCUGUACCACCCGGUGAGCAACAGCUGUAUCGACAGCAGCCCGAGUGAACGCCGCGUCUUCAUGAACACGUGCGACUCGUCUUCACUGAGCCAACAGUGGCUCUUCGAGAGAACCAACGCCACCGUGCUGAAGCAGUUCAACCUGGGCACCGACUGACGCUGCCGCCAUCACAGCACAAUGAGAACGAGGGCUGAAUAACGAGCUGUUUGACAAACAGUCAUCUAGAGCGUUGGCGAGUGAGCGGCCGACAUCCAGAGUCCAAUCACACGACAGGAGUUUGUGAUCAGGAAGCAGGUAUGUUUCUUGUGUACAUAAAUAAACUAAGAGAAGUAGCAGGAUUUAAGUUUGCUGGCCUAUGCUAGCUCAAAACCAGAUGUAGAAAUGCGGUUCUUUGCCGGGACUCAAACGUAGCAAAAAAAUGUUCGCGGUAAUGACAUUUUUUAAACCUGUAAAGUGUACUUUAUAGCACAAAACUCAUCACACAGCAACUUAACACUUAAACAGUAUACCUAAUAAAUAUACAAACAUAUACCUAUAUGAGUUUAUAAUGGGGGAAAAAUAACAUUUUAACGUUUUCCCACAAUGCAUUUCAUCUGAGCAAAGUAUUUCAUUGGAGUACAAGCAGUAUUCGUAAUGGGGGUAAUUUUUUUUAUUUUGAACUCGUAUUUGUACAUGUUUGUGUAUUACUUAGCUAAGUUUUGGGUGUUAAGUUACCGUGUGAUGAAUUUAGGUAUCAUUGUAAGAAGACACAUUGAGUUUAGACUGUUAUUUUGAGUAAUGACCAUCCUAUGAUUUCACUUAUAGCUUGUGAUUGGCUCCUGCCAAAGAGAAUGUACGCAUAAAUUAGCCGCAAGGUUCAAAGAUUAAGAAAAAAGUAGCGGCUUUUACAUCGGAAAUUGCCCUUGUUAUUUUAUUUUCGGUUUUAUCUCUCUAGUUACUUCUGGACAGCAUGUUGGGUUUCUGGUACUCUCAAAUAUGAGUUUUUUUUUAGCAAAAUAAUUCGGUACUUGGUGAAACGACAUUAUUUAUACAAGUCUUGUUAUUAGUUAUUAAUAGGAAUUGAAGAUGUACACCUUUUCAUUCUUCGAGACCAUCGUCGAAAGUUCGAGUGCCGCUUCCUCCAACAGUUGACAGUUUUUCCUCCAACGGGGACACUCGCAGCAUCCCUCGCUACACCACUGCUCCAUGCGGUGAAACAGUCUGGCUUCAAAGGGGAAAUUAACAGCACUGUCUGUUCCCAGGUGUUGGUGGAGGGGGGUGGGAGCCAACAGGCAGCCCCCCAAAGGGUCCCCCGGGGGAAACAGACCUGAAAAUGUGGAACAUUUUUAUAGACUCUGAAAACCUGCUCUCUCUUUUUUUUUUAAAUCGUGGAAAACACAAGCAGACUCUUGGAUUUUUAUGGAUACGUGUGGGACUUCCUGUGUUUUGCAUUCAGUUGUUGCCUUCGGACUCUUGGCUACGCCCUCGACGUGAUGCAUGGAGCAAAACGUGUGCUAUACUGCGGACUCUUUUCUAAGAAAAUGUACGUAUUAUCUUUUAUACCCAAUAAAGAUAUUCUUAUAUAGGCUGCGUGUACCUGCUUUUUACUAUUAGAUGUAACAGAUUUGUCCACUCAUCUUUUUGACUCUUCAAACUAUGGAUUUGACCACUUUUUUUUUCCAUAGGGGUGGCCAUAAGUAGGUACCUGAAUUGUCUAGAUAGCAAGUGGGGUGGCCGGAGAGUGACUAGGGGUGUCCACGGCCCCGUAGUUCCACCACCCACCGUCUAUUGGAGGAAUUAAUAGCAGUGUGCCGAGUUUCUGGAUUCUGCUCACCAUAAUGGCUGCCAAACCCGAACAGGGAAUAAUAUGGUAGUGGAUACCGAUCGAAAUUUGACCAAGAAAACUUACCUACCGGGCGGCACGGCGGUUUAGUGGUUAACGUGCAGACCUCACAGCUAGGAGACCAGGGUUCAAUUCCACCCUCGGCCAUCUCUGUGUGGAGUUUGCAUGUUCUCCCCGUGCAU